AAACAAAAUAGAAAGACUGUGUGGUAGAUAGAGCUCCCUCUCCCCUCUCCCCUCUCCCCUCCCCCCUCUCCCCUCUCCCCUCUUUCCACGGUCUCCCUCUGAUGCCGAGCCGAAGCUGGACGGUACUGCUGCCAUCUCAGCUCACUGCAACCUCCCUGCCCGAUUCUCCUGCCUCAGCCUGCCGAGUGCCUGCGAUUGCAGGCGCGCGCCGCCACGCCUGACUGGUUUUCGUAUUUUUUUUUGGUGGAGACGGGGUUUCGAUGUGUCGGCUGGGCUGGUCUCCAGCUCCUAACCGCGAGUGAUCCGCCAGCCUCGGCCUCCCGAGGUGCCGGGAUUGCAGACGGAGUCUCGUUAACUCAGUGCUCAAUGGCGCCCAGGCUGGAGUGCAGUGGCGUGAUCUCGGCUCGCUACAACCACCUCCCAGCCGCCUGCCUUGGCCUCCCUAAGUGCCGAGAUUGCAGCCUCUGCCUGGCAGCCACCCCGUCUGGGAAGUGAGGAACGUCUCCGCCUGACCGCCCAUCGUCUCGGAUGUGAGGAGCCCCUCUGCCUGGCUGCCCAGUCUGGAAAGUGAGGAGCGUCUCUGCCCGGCCGCCAUCCCAUCUAGGAAGUGAGGAGCGCCUCUUCCCGGCCGCCAUCACAUCUGGGAAGUGAGGAGCGUCUCUGCCCGGCCGCCCAUCGUCUGAGAUGUGGGGAGCACCUCUGCCCUGCUGCCCCGUCCAGGAUGUGAGGAGCGUCUCUGCCCGGCCGCCCUGUCUGAGAAGUGAGGAGACCCUCUGCCUGGCAACCGCCCCGUCUGAGAAGUGAGGAGCCCCUCCACCCGGCAGCCACCCCGUCUGAGAAGUUUCAGGGGUCCCUCAAACAUCUGGGCUGUCAUCCUUCGGAGAGACUGGAACUGAGACACAAGGAGAGACCUAGUGAUGUGGGAGAGUUAGGAGAAGAAGCAGUGAUUUCAAAUGCAUGCCCCUCACACGGAAGAAGGGCAGGGGGAAAGCCAUGCAGGUGUGGGCGUGGCACUUGAGCAGCCUCUCCCAUGGGCACCCAGUGGUUAAUGCACAAUGUUUAGCACGUCUCCCAGGGAGGCCAUCCCCUUCCGCUACCCCUUUCAUGGCAAAUGCUGAAACAUCGUUGAAGACUCCUCUCAAGGGUCUCCUCUUCCAGGAAGCCUUCGGUCAGGAAUAGGUGCCCCUUCUGGCUCCUCCUAGCCUGAAAGCCAACAUGAAAUCUCCCUGGGCUGAGCUGAGUCAUCAUAUUUUGUUGUUGUUGCUGUUGUUUUACUAUGCCUCUGAGACAAGUUCAAAGUCAUGCUUUUGAUCAAGACCAGAAAAUAUACUACUUUGGCUCCAUCAGCAUCUUUGCCUCACCACACCCAGAAUUUGCCUGUCCCCCGAAGGAAGCUCCAACAGCUGUCAAGCCUGAGCAUCCAGACCGUAAAGCAAAGAGAAAUGGGCCGGGAGGAAUGGAGUGACAGGGUGGGGCCCAUUUGCCUAGAGGUGCUUUGGGCUGCCUGGUCACAGAGGGUGACUCACUCCCCCAGACAGGAGGGGAGUGGCACCAGGGGACCAUUGGGCUGGGCAGGGGAGCCUUUGUGGUGAGAGCCUGUCCCUGCCUUAAGUGCCUACUGGACCCCGGGAGCCUGGGCUGGGGCCUGGGUACUGCUUCCUCCUUGGCCCCUCAGGCCCUUGGAAGCAGAGAGAGAACCUCUUGCAGAUCCCAGGCUCGUCCCCAGCACAGCAGACACCAGGAAGGUGGCCAGAGCCUCACUGAGCCGAACCGACGGCUGCCCACCCACCCAGGCUGGAGCCAUGGAUAAAUUCCGCAUGCUCUUCCAGCACUUCCAGUCAAGCUCGGAGUCGGUGAUGAAUGGCAUCUGCCUGCUGCUGGCUGCGGUCACCGUCAAGCUGUACUCCUCCUUUGACUUCAACUGUCCCUGCCUGGUGCACUACAAUGCGCUCUACGGCCUGGGCCUGCUGCUCACGCCCCCGCUCGCCCUGUUUCUCUGCGGCCUCCUCGCCAACCGGCAGUCUGUGGUGAUGGUCGAGGAGUGGCGCCGGCCCGCAGGGCACCGGAGGAAGGACGCAGGCAUCAUCAGGUACAUGUGCUCCUCUGUGCUGCAGAGGGCGCUGGCCGCCCCCCUGGUCUGGAUCCUGCUGGCCCUCCUUGACGGGAAGUGCUUCGUGUGUGCCUUCAGCAGCUCUGUGGACCCUGAGAAGUUUCUGGACUUUGCCAACAUGACCCCCAGCCAGGUACAGCUCUUCCUGGCCAAGGUUCCCUGCAAGGAGGAUGAGCUGGUCAGGGAUAGCCCUGCUCGGAAGGCAGUGUCUCGCUACCUGCGGUGCCUGUCACAGGCCAUCGGCUGGAGCGUCACCCUGCUGCUGAUCAUCGCGGCCUUCCUGGCCCGCUGCCUGAGGCCCUGCUUCGACCAGACAGUCUUCCUGCAGCGCAGAUACUGGAGCAACUACGUGGACCUGGAGCAGAAGCUCUUCGACGAGACCUGCUGUGAGCAUGCGCGGGACUUCGCGCACCGCUGCGUGCUGCACUUCUUUGCCAGCAUGCAGAGUGAGCUGCAGGCGCGGGGGCUGCGCCGGGACAAUGCAGGCAGGAGACUCGAGCUCCCCGCAGUGCCUGAGCCCCCCGCAGUGCCUGAGCCCCCAGAAGGCCUGGACAGUGGAAGUGGGAAGGCCCACCUGCGCGCAAUCUCCAGCCGGGAGCAGGUGGACCGCCUCCUAAGCACCUGGUACUCCAGCAAGCCGCCGCUGGACCUCGCUGCAUCCCCCGGGCUCUGCGGGGGUGGCCUUAGCCACCGCGCCCCUACCUUGGCACUGGGCACGAGGCUGUCACAACACACCGACGUGUAGGGUCCUGGCCAGGCUUGAAGCGGCAGUGUUCGCAGGUGAAAUGCCGCGCUGACAAAGUUCUGGAGUCUUUCCAGGCCGUGGGGACCCCACGGCAGGCACCCUAAGUCUUGUUAGCCUCCUUUUUAAAGUAGCCCAAUCUCUGCCUAGUUUCUGGGUGUGGCCUCCAGCGCGCUUCACAAACUUUAAUGUGGACUCGGUUCACCGAGGGCCUUGUUAAAUACAGGUUCAGACAGUGUAGCCAGGACCGAGUCUGAGAUUCUGCAUUUUAAACAAGCUCCUGGAGGCUGAUGUGCUUUUGGUCAGUGAACCAAACUUUGAGUAGCAAGAAUCUAAGUAAAUCUGCCAUGGGUUCUGGGUUCUAGAUGUCAAUUCUAAAUAAUAAUAAUGACCUUAGUCUGCUGCCUCGAUA